AGCUAGAGAGUUGCCCUUGUUGCAAAAUCUCAUUGAUCGAGCCAAUGAGAAAGGAUGGAGUCGUGAAUAUCCUUUAAUGCUAUGUGGGAAACUAGGUUUUAAGCUUUUGGACAUAGCAUAUGAUUGUCAAUAUGGAUAGUUAGAAUCAUACAUACAAUUUCCAGCAGAAAACAUUGGCCUUGUUAGGUCCUCAUUUAGAACGAUAACAAAUUUGAAGAAAAGUUCAACUUGCAAGGUUUAAACUACAUAGUCCGAUGGUAACUAACUCAAGUUGAAUGCCUGUGUUUUCAUUUUAUUCAAAGAAAUUAUAAUAUGAUUGUUAGAUUAACAUGGGUAUUAUCUUAAACAGAUUUCCAACUCAAAAAGGACGUCUUCACUUCUGUUAUAAAUAAAUGACAAAACUGGCCAAUUUUUCCAACUUAUCCUGCAGUUACACCACAUUAUGUUAUGGAAGGGUGAUAUAAAAUCCAAUAUAAAUUAUGUUUCAGUUUCUGUAUGUUUAUAGGGAUUUAGACAUGUGUAUGAAUGCUGCCAGAUAAAAAUACUCCGUACCAUUUAUUUUCUGGUUUCUACUAUGAAUUGACUUUACUUCACAUGCCACACAUCAUCCUAAUGCUUUUCUGCCCUCCACUCUUGUUAUGCAUUCUUGGAAGGAACAAACCAUUGUUAGGAUUCUCUGUUUGUUGGCCUUGACUCUAUCUUUGCUACACUUUUUGAGUACCUGAAGAAGAAAAGGAGUCUACAAACUCCAUCAGAGGUAUAAAAAAUGAUAGAAAAUGUUCCUAGAGUCAUUCCUGAUCGACACGAGCUUCAUCCCAUUUCCGAUGAUAUUGUCAAUGACAUAAGAAUUGAUAAAGACUCUCCUAAAUCAAUCCUCCGGUGUUGUUCCUCUGUUACUAUGCAGGAUGACAAAGAAUCAGAAGAGAAGACUCUUCGUCAUUGCAAUGCAUCUCCUCCCGCAAGAAAGCAGUCCAUAUUCAUAGGGUCUGACUCCGAACCUGAGGAAGACGACAUAACCAUCAGAAAGGCAUCGCAACCCACUGCUGAGCCAAGAAAACAUAAACUGGAGGGAGAAGAAUUGGGUAUGUGCUCCCAUGAGACAACGCCUCAUGAGCCGGCUACAAGAAGCAGCGGGCACAUUGCUGCAGGCACGGCUGUUGUUGAGGUGAUAAACGAUGAUGAAAGCUCAGAUGAGGGCGAGACCACUACAGCUGUUCACAAAGAUGAUAAUUCUGAUGACUAGUAUGCAUUGAAAUUCUAGGUGUGGAAGGAAGUGUAUGAACAACUCUGUGAAUACUGUGAGAUGGAUUUAGCUCCCUUCUAACUCGGUAUGUUAUGAUCGUCUAAUGUUGGUUUUUGGAAUGGAAAACUUGAUUUUCUCUUUUUGUUUAGUGCAAAA